CCUGUUCAAUCUUGUCCAUCUUGUAAUAAAGGUGGACAAACCGGGAUGUGGACAUACAUGACAUGUAUCCCAGGAGCCCCUGGGGCACCUGGUCGAGAUGGAGCCAAAGGAGAACUGGGCAGCCCGGGGAAAACUGGCACCCAGGGAGCACGUGGUGCUGAUGGAAAAAAAGGAGCAAAGGGAGAGCCUGGGAUCCAGGGUUCCGCCGGAAGAAAAGGAGAGCGAGGGGACAAAGGCGACAGUGGAACGCAACGACUGGCUUCACACAUGAACUGGAAGGAGUGCGCUUGGAAAAAGGAAUACGGCACAGAUUCAGGAUUGAUAUAUGUAAGUGCGGAACGUCACUUUGUAAUAUUCUAUAAGCUCAAAGCAAGUAAUUUCAGUAAAACGAUUGAUUGCCAAAAUGCUUUGGUCAGCGGUCAGCGAUGAUGAUGGCCGCGUCUUUUGAAGCUAUAUAGUAUUGUGUUAAAAGGCCAUUUUUAGUUUUACUAUACUGUGCCCUUCUCUAAUCUUAAUUUCUUUGCUAUCCUUGUGUACAUGUAUGUUUCUUUUUUGUCAAAACACCUUGCAUUAUUAAAUUAGUCUAGAUAUGUGCAACUGAUGUAACAUCUUUUAUAGAAUGGAGUAAAUAAAAAUACAAUACAAUACGGAUGCUGAUUCUUUAUAUCUCGUUCAGAACUGUGACUUUGUGAAGAAAUACCCGGGCACUGCCCUCCAUGUCUACUAUGCUGGUAACCUCGGGAUUUACCGAUGUGACCGCUGCUGUAGUCGCUGGUAUUUCAGCUUCAAUGGAGCCGAGUGCAGCUCUCCUGGAACUAUUGACGGUGCAUUCCACGUGCGAACAGGCAGAAACCACAAUCGUCUCCGUCACCGCCACAUUGAAGGUCACUGCAAUAACAUUCAGAAAGGAAAGGUGCGAGUGGGAUUCUCGGUUGGAAAGUGCGUCACAGGCGAAAAGCUUGCUCACGCCCACACUGGUUGGCACUCGACGAAUCGUAUCUUCAUUGAAGAAGUACCGAAAGCUCAGCAGUAA